AUGACUUCUGCUAAGCUAAGUACAAGGGUGGCAGUCUUUAAAGCACUGCGACUUCUCAUUAGCUCAAGUAGAGGAUUUGCAGUUAUAUCCAGUUAUUGCAAUAACAACCAAUCUGGUCUCGCUACCAGGAGGGAUCGAAAACAGAACAGCGCGACUUACUCAGGUACUCAGUUUUGUUCUGACUUCGAGGAAGACUUAACUUUCUACCGAGAUAUUUUUGACUACUUAAGGCCAUCAUUACGAUAUGCUGUGCAGAGCAUAGACCAUUCACGAUUGCGGUGGUUGGAACAGAGGCACUAGACGCAAAAUGCCACUAAUACAAACCUCCUAAAGGAGUGGUGAGUAUUUUAAUGAACAUUAAAUGAGAUCGUAGACAUUCCUAUACAAAUCGGUAGCUUAAGCCCAUUGAGAAUCUAAAGGUCCUAUUCACAGAGCGCUUCCUUAUCAAGUAUGAGAACAAAUGAUGGAUUCAAGGUCGAGGGCUUCGAAAGGCAUACAGUCACUAAGUUUUUCGGCCCGCCCGUCAGCAGUAAAAAAGUAAUCAUCCUCAAGCCGCAAUCCCAUGCCACGGAAUUCCUCGGCUACGGCAACCUUUCCGCCGCCUGCCGGGAAGUAGAUGCCUGGUUCUAAGGGGAAAACCAUUCCAGGCUCAAAAUUUUUGUAGUACGAAACGCUGACCGUAUCGUGGACGUCGAGGCCAAGAUAAUGACCAACAUGAUGUGGGCAAAUGUAAGCGCCUACCUAAAUUUUAUACAUUAAGCAAAGCAAAGUGAAAUUACCGACGUUAACUCACUAUCACUAACAUUGAUUACUUUCUCUUCGCUAAGGUACUGGGCUAAUUGCUUGACCAUUAAAUCGUAGAGGUUUUGGAGAUUCGUUCCCGGUUGGACCGCCCUUUGGCAGUCAGUUUGCACUUGGAUUAAGAUAUCGUGCAGUAAACGCUGGUGCUGGGAAAAAUGCCCUAUUUAAAGAAUGUCCACAAUGGAAAUUUUGAGUUACC